CAUGCGGGUUCAACGUCGUCGCGCGGGAGGACGACGACGACGACGGCGACGACGAAGGGCGACAGCGCGGCCUGACGACGAUCAGAAGCGUACGAUGACGAUCGUCCGGCAGAGUUUCGCGAGUUAAGUCGGGGGAAAAAAUCUCGCGACUCGGAUCGAAUCCUGAUUGCCGACCGAAUGCGGCCGACGCGCGCGUCCCGGCCGGAGGAUGCUGCGCCUGAGACAGGGCACUCGCGGAUCGCGCGUCGCGACGCUCGUCCAGGCGGAAGCUCCACGUGAGCGCGGCUGUCAUCGGGGACGCGUGCAAGUGCACCUCGGCCGCGUGAGAGCGGCCGCGGGAGAACAUCAUUUGUGAGCAUUUAAAUCUUGUUACCGUGGAUUACCGUCGAGGAUUUAUGAUCGAUACGCGCAUAGUCUCUGACAAUACCAUUGAUAUAUCAAUAUAUCAUGGCAUUCGCGUCCUACGCUUGAAAAGCUUUCACGAAUUGAGAGUUGAGUUCUAACAAAAUCGUGCCGUUGCAGUGGAUGAUAUUAAUCUCCCCUCCAGGUGUUAAUCGUGAUGUAAUUUCUUUAUCGGAACACAAAUGUUCAUGCAAGAGUUAAAAAUUACUUAUAGUGAAGUACGGAACAUGUGUACGGUUUUUGCGGUGAAAGCUUAAGUGUCUUGUCUAUUCUUGUGAGAAGGCACUACUCUCGAUUUGACAAAAAGAAAUCUAACUCCGUUUUCAUUGUGGAAGAUACGACACAGUGAAGACGUUGCACAGUGCGCGGACACGGCAAUAGACGUAAAAGAUCGAUGACCGCACAUCGUGCUUCGCGAUAGCGAGUAACUGGUAACGGUUAAUGAGCAAGGAUCGGUAGUGCAGCGAGCGAUCGAGGUGUUAAAAAUGCUGUGUCGCUGGCUCGCCGUGCUGGUACUCGCUGGUAUUCUCCUGGUUAUCGAGGCGAUCGCGAUCAGCCAAGGUACGUUCACUCGCGAUCAGAGAGUUUUGAGCAGUAGUCUUGUUCAGGGGAGUCGCAACGUCAGCGGCGUGCCGGCUUUCGAAACGAAUGUGCCACGGAAUGUCACUACCGCAGUCGGUCAGACCGCCUUUCUUCACUGCAGAGUUCAUCAGCUGGGCGACAAGGAGGUGUCCUGGAUGCGUAAACGGGACAUGCAUAUCCUGAGCGCGGGCAUCCUCAUGUACACGUCGGAUCUGAGGUUCCAGGUGAUCCAUCCGGACAAGUCGGAGAACUGGACGCUGCAAAUCAAGUCGCCGCAACAGCGCGAUUCCGGCGUAUACGAGUGCCAGGUCAGCACCGAGCCGAAGAUGUCGCUCAACUAUAGCCUCAACGUGGUUGAAGCGCGAGCUAGAAUAAUCGGCACGGGGGAUAUCUACGUGAAGACCGGAAGUCUUCUGACGUUGACGUGUCUCAUGUCGCAAGGUCCCCACGAUCUGGGAACGGUAGCUUGGUACCGAGGAAGUCAGGCGGUGGUGACAUCGCCGCGAUCAGAAAAUGACAUCGAAGCGGAGCCCCGCAUAACCGUCGAGACGGAAUGGAGCGAUGCCCUCACGUCAAGAUUGAGGAUCACGCAUGCGAAGCCCACUGACUCCGGAAACUACAGUUGCGUUCCUACCGUGGCGGAGAGAGCGAGUGUCAACGUGCACGUGAUCAAUGGUGAGCAUCCGGCCGCGAUGCAGCACGGAAACACGGCAGCCGGCUCGCCCAACUCCAAGACAGUCCUGGUGAUGCUCGCCUUCCUUCUGGGCCAGCUGAGAUAAUGUGCGUGUACACGAAGGUCGCUCGAGACUCGUAAAAUCGAUGGACGUAUCGCAACAUGAUCGCCCGCACAACUUAAACGUUAACCCUUCCGCAUAGACCAUCCUGGAUUAGAUCUCACAGUUUGAAUUCAUCGUAGCGGCCGAAAAAAAACAAAUAAUUUACGGAAUUACAUAAUGGUCAUAGCGAUACGGUGAAAUUUAAGUUAAUGAAAUCGUUUAUGAGAAUUGUUGAUUAAUUCCAACUGUGCGAUUUUUAUAUUUUUCGGAUUAAUUGAUUUUGAAGAAUAAUAUUUCAAAAUAAUCAGUGCGGUAUCAUAUCAUUCACAAUUAUUGACGUAUUAUUGUUUUUCGCAGCGUUUAUAAUUUUAUUUUAUUGGAAUUGGUUUUUCAAAAUCGUCGAAAUCGCGUACGAAGUGAUAGAAAUGUAACGAUUGUGAAUCAUAAUUUUUCUUCAGCUCCAUUUCAAUUACUUAUCUCGAGGCGAAAAUUUUUAUUAGAAAGUAUAAGGUUCAUUAUGUUACUUUAAUUGCGUCUCGCACUUAAAAUAUUCUCGUUGAAGCGGUUAUCUUACGUCUUUUAAUCCAACGCGAAAAUCCUCAUCCCGUUUAUCUUAAACUUAACUGUGGGUUUGGCCGUUGGGGUGAGAAAUACAAAGAUAAUCUCCGAGAGACAGCUCUUCUUACGUAAUAAAAGGGAAGCUUUGUGCCUAAGGGUUAAGCGGAGUGUGAGGCAGUCGUAUUACACGGUGUCUUAGAAGUAUGAAUUUCACGACGAAUUUCUGAGCCGACUUUUCCCAGCCGCGAAAGAAUGAAUCCAGAAAGAAUGGACGUUUCAUACACACACAUUUGUUGUAAUGCAGCGACAAUAUUUACAGUUGAGCUGUGUAACGUGUAAAGCGGGCAAAUAGCUGCAUAAUCGGCGAUAAUUGGGGUUAUACCUAUCUCUAUCUCGGAAACGUGUUCUCCAAUAAUUGGCAUGUUGCACAAACGAUAUUUUCACCAUCAACUUGCGUCCAAAAUUAACAAUGAUGUAACAUCGUUUAAUGACCGUUCUCUUAAAUAACAAGCAGGUCUCGUUUAUUUUAUUUUAAUUGACGCGACACAUGUGCGUUUCGACAAAUAUAUCACAUUUUAACGACAUCAUCUUUUUAGAUAUUUUCUACUUUAAAUAUUUUUAAUCGUUUGUUUACGAUCUAUAACACUCAUAUUAAUGGGAAUGAUACGCAAUCGCAACACAGUAUUACUAGAUUUAAUUCCGAUUUAUUUAUAACGAACCUAAUAAUCUUAAAGGUAAAACCGUUGACGUAAUCCAGCAUAAUUAUUUUCGCAUGCUAAGCUUCUUUUGCACUCUAUAUCUCCAUAGGUAAGCAAAGGUAAAAUAACGAUAAUAGUUUCCUAUUCGCAAAUACUUGAGCCAGAAAUUCAUUUGAUUUAGCUCAGAAAUUAGUUUAUGCUUCGUGAGUUAGCAUCGGGUACGGUUUUUAUUGUUGAAAUAAUACGGCACGCGUUGAGCAACGACAUUCGUAUGACCAUGGCAGAGCAGUCGAGAGAAUUCUUAUCAUAUCCACGAACGACGCGAAGACGUCAAUAUUAUUAAAGAAUUUCCAGCGGCGGCGACGGCGGCGAAAGAUCGAGAUCUUACGGUUUUUAAUUAAGAACGCUUCGCACGCGAAGGAUUGAGAGUCGCAUUGUCGCCGCUGGAAUUUUUUGAAUAAUUGCGCCGUGAUGUCUAUAAGCGCGAUGCAAACGUUAAACGAAUUAAUGAUAACGCGCCAGUGAGUGUUGACGCAGAGAGACGGUAGUCGAGCGCGAGUGUCGCUUAGAAAGAAGAGGGAUAGCGAAGCAGAUAAAACAGGACUACGCCCCGCGCGCCCUUUCCCGACCAUAGUGAGGAAAGUGUUAAGUGUAAAAUAAAUGUGUCACGAGCAAGUUUAACCGAAGAGAGCGAUGUAAUAAAAAAAAAACGGGGGUGGGGGUGGAUCGACCUCCACCGGCGGCGAAGUACUUUCUACUUAUUGCAUAAGUGUUAAAUGAAAAAAAAAAAAACUUAAAGGAAGACACGGAUAACACGCGUAAACACACAUACCCACACGUACAGAUAAUAGUAGAGAAAUGUAUGUAAACCACGCGACUUUACGGCUCGUAUGAUUUACACCCACGACUAGCCCGAGAGAUGAAAGAAAAAAAAUACAACUGUGUUUCCCACCCGCUCACACCUUUCUCACUGUCUUGUUUUCACACGGUUCUCUUGCGCGAAAACGCAAUUCUUGUACAUAAUGUUUUACUCUUGUAAAUAAAUUACCCACACAA